AUGGAAACUAAAAUAAAUGCAUCGGCUUUCAAUUCAGCCAUGAAUAAGCUGUUUUCCGACAGAAAGGUAAUCCUCAAUAAAAUAAUAGUCCCGUUAAACGAAAAAAACGAAGUCGAUGAAAUGGAAUCCGGUGAAUACUCAGAAAAUUUAGGAAAAUUUGAUUUUGCUAAUCUAUCUCCUACUCGAACUUUACCACGUUCUUUAUCAUCAUCACCUAAAUCAAUUUUAUCAACAGAUUUGGUAAUAGUUGAUGAAGAACCUAAAGUCUCUUCAGAAUUCACACGAGAAGUCAAGUCAACAUUCAUUCGAACGAAUACACCAACUAUAACACGGAGUGUAACACCUUACUCCGAUCUUGCCAUGCAAUGCGAAACAACAACUGCAUCAACAUUCACACGAUUAGUCACACCACCAUCGACACGAAUGAACACACGUUCAUACUCCAAUUUACUUCUGCAGUACCGAACGAAAGUCACAUCUACAAUGACAGCUCCUUACUCAGAUCCAGACGUUCACUACUCAUCAACAAUCACACCAACUUUCACAUCAACAGUCACACUUGGUAACUUUCAUCCAAACAUUCAAUAUCAAACAACAUCCACAACUACUUAUUCAAAUCCAAAUAUCCAGUAUGAUCCAACAGUUAAAUCAACUAUCUCAUCUACAGUCACAUCCACUUAUUUAAAUGCACACAGUCAGUACUCAUCAACACCUGGACCUUACUCAAAUCCACACAGCCAGUAUCAAUCAACAAUCACAACAAGUACCACGCCAACAGUCACACAUGCUAACUCAAAUCCAAAUGUUCAAUAUCAACCAGCAGUCGAACCAACUACCUCAUCUACAGUCACAUCCACUUAUUCAAAUGCUCACGGUCAGUACUCAUCAACACCUGGUCCUUAUUCAAAUCCACACAGCCAGUACUCAUCAACAGUUAGACCUUUCUAUUCAGAUCCAUACGUUCAACACCAAUCAUUACCAACUCCUCUCUCCAAUUCAUACACUCAGUUACACCAUCAGUUACACCAUUUUCAAGUGCUCAUCAUAAUAUUCAUAAUCCACCUCGACAACGUUUUCUGA